UAUACUCACUCACAUGCACCCCCCCACACACACACACUCCAGGAGGAGAAAGCAAGGGAUCAAAGCCCAGGUGUCCUCCACAGCCUAACCCUGCCGUCCGCUGCUCAUUUUCCACUAGGGGUGGCAGUGCUUUUUCCUCCAAGACAUGAAAACCUAAAAGACGUGGAGAAUAUCAAUCCAACAGGAGGUGGUGGUAGUGGAGGGGGGUGGAGGAAUCUGAAGAGCAGAGCUUCUGGAGUCUUGCCUUUUGGAGCCUUGAGGAUUAUACAAGGAAUUUUUGUGCUACUACUUAGACGCUAAAGGGGGUUAUCCAAAAGACAGAGCUUCCUUUGCAUCCCACCUCCCUUGGAUUCUUGAGAAGACAGGGGGGCUUUCAGGACCAUGGCAUCGUCAGAAGGCAGAUCCUGUGCAGCAGAACAGAGCAGCAGGAGGCAAAGAAAAGUUACCAAAUCUGUUAAAUAAUCAUUUAUGAAAGACAACCAGCCGUUCAGGAGAUGUCCUAUGUCUCAUGGAAAAAUUGCCAACAAUAUGCCUAAGCAGGUAGAAGUGCGAAUGCAUGAAAGCCACCUGAGCCCUGUGGAGCCAAGGCCCAAGAACGUAUGCCUGCGGUUCUGCCAAUCACUCAGAAAAAACCUGCUCCUGUCUCUUACUGUAUUUGGUGUCAUCAUGGGUGCAUUGUGUGGGGGUCUUCUUCGCCUGGCAACUCCUAUUGAUCCUGACAUCAUCAUGUUAAUAGCCUUCCCAGGAGAUAUCCUUAUGAGGAUGUUAAAAAUGUUGAUCCUACCUUUAAUUAUAUCCAGUUUAAUCACAGGACUGUCAGGUUUGGAUGCUAAAGCUAGUGGCCGAUUGGGCACGAGAGCCAUGGUCUAUUACAUGUCCACUACUAUCAUUGCUGCUGUGCUAGGGGUGAUUCUGGUUUUAGCCAUUCACCCAGGAAAUCCAAAACUCAAGAAGCAGCUGGGAGAAGGAAAGAAAAAUGAUGAAGUAUCCAGUUUGGAUGCUUUCUUGGAUCUCAUCCGGAACCUGUUCCCUGAAAAUCUAGUCCAAGCAUGCUUCCAGCAGAUCCAAACUGUCACUAAGAAAGUGCUGGUGCCCCCACAAACUGAAGAACCACCUAACGUCACUGACUCUGUCUUUGCUCUGAUGAACGAGACGAUGACCGAAGCACCACCAGAAGCCCAGCUGGUCAUUAAAAAGGGGCUGGAGUUUAAAGAUGGAAUGAAUGUCUUAGGCCUGAUAGGGUUCUUCAUUGCUUUUGGCGUUGCUAUGGGGAAGAUGGGAGAGCAGGCCAAAGUGAUGGUGGAUUUCUUCAGCAUCCUGAAUGAGAUUGUAAUGAAACUAGUGACUAUGAUCAUGUGGUACUCUCCUUUUGGCAUUGCCUGUCUUAUUUGCGGGAAAAUCAUUGCAAUUAAGGACUUAGAAGUGGUUGCUAGGCAACUUGGAAUGUACAUGGUAACCGUGAUCCUGGGCCUUCUCAUCCACGGUGGGAUCUUCUUGCCUUCACUGUACUUUGUGAUAACAAGGAAAAGCCCCUUCACAUUCCUUGCUGGCAUUUUCCAGGCAUGGAUCACAGCUCUAGGCACAGCUUCCAGUGCUGGUACAUUACCUGUCACUUUCCGUUGUCUUGAAGAAAACUUGGGCAUUGAUAAGCGUGUAACAAGAUUUGUCCUGCCUGUUGGAGCAACAAUAAACAUGGAUGGGACGGCCCUUUAUGAAGCAGUUGCUGCCAUCUUCAUAGCACAGAUGAAUGGAAUUGUGUUGGAUGGUGGGCAGAUAGUCACUGUGAGUCUGACAGCCACCUUAGCAAGUGUUGGAGCUGCCAGUAUACCCAGUGCAGGACUGGUCACCAUGCUUCUCAUCCUCACUGCGGUGGGUCUCCCUACUCAGGACAUCAGUCUGCUUGUUGCUGUUGACUGGCUCUUAGACCGGAUGAGAACAUCAGUAAAUGUUGUAGGAGAUUCUUUUGGUGCUGGCAUUGUGUAUCACCUCUCCAAGGCAGAGCUGGAAAACCUGGAUUCCCAGCAUAAGGGGCAUGAAGACAUUGAAAUGACCAAGACUCAGUCAAUUUAUGAUGACAUGAAAAAUCAUAGGGAAAACAACUCAAACCAAUGUGUUUAUGCAGCUCACAACUCUGUCAUAGUAGAUGAAUGCAAGGUGACACUGGCAACCAAUGGCAAAUCUGCAGACUUCACUGUUGUUGAGGAAGAGCCUUGGAAACGUGAAAAUUAAGGAAAGCGAGUCCCAUCUCCAUCUUUAAUAAGCCCCUGAAGCUAUCUUAUGGUAAAAGAUAUCAAGAUUAAAGAAUAUUUCUCUAUUUAUUUAACAUCUAAAGUUUCUGCUUAUUUAAUUUGUUAACCGAAACUUAGCAAAGAUCUCAUAAAGUCAUUGUAGCUACCGUGUUUUUGCCAAAUAGUGAUCCAUAACUAUCUGUCUCACUUGUACUGUUUGAAUGGAUGAAGCUGGAGAAUACUCUAUGAAUUAACAGUUAUGUUCUCACCAGCCUCUCUUUUGCUCAAGAGUCAGAAAAUGUAGAUGCUGCAAAAUGGAAAGAUCAAAAAGCCAGUAUGGCUUUCUCCAGGGACUCAGGGUAAUGAACAUAUAGUAUCAUAUAAACCUUAAAUUGUUCUCAGUGUCUCUUCUUGUGAUGUAUGUACAAAUCAGUACUGCAGUGUACCUUUGGUACAGUCAACAUUGUGUAACUACAUUAUUUAUUGUAAGUGUCUCUAAAGGUUUUCUAUAAGUUUUAUUGAUAAUUAGCAGCUGGCAUGGGGGACUCAGAAUUUUCAUCUUCCCAGGUACACUUUAAAUUAAGUGUCUCAAAUAAAUAUUUCAUUUAGGUUUUGGGGGCCAAAUUCACCCCAGGCAUAACUUUAUUAAAUUCAGUGGAGUAAAUACAAAGGGCCAGGUUCCGGGCCUUUCAGAUAGCACCAGAUUCUGAUGCACUCUUCACAUCAAAUAGGACCUUACAGCCCAUUUGGUCCCUCUGAAACUAUUCAAGGAGAAUGAUGUUAUUCAACUUAAGGAAGGCACCAGAAUCUGUCCCCAAAUGAUUAUUGAACAUUCUUUUUGUUGAGGACGAGCAAUUAUAUGUAAUAGGGUGUUAAAAUGUAAUGGUGCUUAGCAUACGUUGGUUUGUUAACUAAGCUAAACUAAAUGUAUAUUUAGGACACUUAAUUUGAAGUGAUAACUAUUAUUCUUCUCAAGUCCAUCUUAGAUUUGAGCCAAUGAGCUAAAUCCUGAAGUCAUUACCUGGUCAAAUUUUGCAUUGAAGUCAAUGGGAAUUUUGCCAGAGUUAGGACUGAGUGAAAAGUAAACCAGGACUUCAGGAUUCAAUCCAAUAAAAAUUGAAUCCCCAUCUCUCUAUUGUGAAGAAACAAUUUGUAUAAAUGUCUUUGAUGUCAGACAAGCAGUGAUUCUAGACCACAUGGCAUAGGAAUAAACAAGGCAGAGUUUUGUCGACACGGUAUAACUAAUGUAAGAUGUAGAGGUGCAAUAAUCAUUCUCUUAGGUUGUUUAAAAGGUGCUUGUUAAAAAUCAGUGCUUGUAAAGACAUAGGUGUACUCUAUUAUGAAAUUAAUAAUGUUUUACAGCAAAUCUGAGCCAGGUAGCUGAGGGAAACUCUGCCCUCUGAACAAACCUUCUGUGAUGUGAGUGUUUCUUAAAAUGUUCUCUGAGCUGUCCAGCCUAUGAGCUUAUAAUGAACCUACCUAAAAGGUGAGAUUGGAAAUGAAGCACAUAUGCUUCUCUCUGUCCAUGCACAGUGCAGUGCUGCCAUUGACGUAAAUUGGAAUAACAUGUGUGAAUGUAGCGUUUAAACAAUAAUUCAGUCUAGUUUUGCUAAUUUGUAUUGUGUUAGCUAUUCCAAUGAAGUCACUAUGGGCCCCUGCUAGUAAGGACUACUCACCUGUUUAAUGGUUUGCAGAAUCAAACCUAUAGUCAACAUAUUCACCAUUCAAAUAUUUGUAGCUGUGCAGUAUUUUCCUUGGGAACAUUAGUGCUCUUUUGACAUCCCCUUGCUGCCUCACUAACUGAAAAGUCCUAAAGAAUUUAAUAGCUAUUAAACUACUGUGAGUUCUAUAGACAUUAUUCUGACAACCUAAAGAAUUUAAUAGAGAAUUAGUCCUUUUCUGUAGGUCUUUUGUACUGUUCUAUGGAAUUCUGUUCCAUCUUGUUCAACGUAUUUAGUGGAAUUGUGGGUACACAGAACUUCUCAGGAUCAGGGACUUAGUCUGGAUUUGAAGAAGAGUUCACUUCCCUGAUCCCCACAGAAAGAGAUCAAUUGCUCAAGACAGCUGUAACACUCUCUAAAAUGAACUCUAACAUUUGGGCUGUUGGCUAACCUCACAUGAAAGUCACUGAGAGCUAAGUAGCAAUUGUAUAGGAUGACCAUAUUUCCAAAAGACAAAACAGGAUACCCCCAGCUGCUCACCUGUGGCCCCUUUCCCCCCAUGCAAGGCUGUUCCCCGUCACAGGUACCCUGCAGGGGCCCCCUCAGGAGGCUAUUUCCAAUUGCUGGAACCUUGCUGCCCUCCACCCCCCAUGCUGGAACGCUCCCCCCCACCCACCCACGGGGGGCUGGCAUCUCUGCUCGCCCCCUCUGCACCGCACCCUGCUUUUUUUGGACAAAAGUGGGUAUUUAUCCCAUUUGCUCUUGCCAACUGGUCAAGUCAGUAAGAGCAAACGGGAUAAAUGCCUCCUUUUUUUAAAAAAAAAAGUCGGGACAGCCAGGACAGGACUUAAAAAAGGGUCUGUCCCAGCCAAAACGGAACGUAUGAUCACCCUACAAUUAUACCAGACUAGAACAUAGUGUUUGUUGUAGUGUAGAGCUUGGGUUCUCAAAGGUUUUCAUAGCCUGGCCCAUAUUUUCGAGAGGUGGUCUCCUAAACCACUUCCAUCCUAUUCAUAAUAAUCUAACUUCCCUGUGGCAGCUACAGCAAUUGCCUACAGAGAAAGGUAACAUUAGGAAAGUGUUUAGUGUAUUUUUAGCUAUCUUUUAAAGCAAUAUGAUAGCUGGAAACAGGUAGGAGAGCCAGCACCAUGUGACUAAGCUGCUCCACACAGUUAUCUAUUGAGAAACACUGUUUCAGACAUCCUUCCUUACACCUAUCUGCUUUGGACAUAUUGCCCUUUAAAAAGUUCUUCAGAUGGGACUAGAGGAGGAGGAGGAGGUGAAAAUUUAGAGUAACUCCACUCACGUACAGAGAGCAAAUUUGGGGCUUUAGUUUUGACUAAAAAAGCAGACUGUAGGACUUUUAAGUAAGACUUUAUAGUUGCAGUAACUCAGGGAACUUUCAAAGAUAAUUACAAUGUCAUUCUUCUACUUAUAAUAUAGAAAUGUGCUACUUAUGGGAAACACUUUGGCUAUCUCCCAGGCUGAAUUCUCCCAUGUAAUAUUUAAUGUGUAGCUACUCUGGCACAGUACUGAAUUUAACCAUCAAAAAGCUUUCCAUUUCUUGGGGGAAAAUGUAACUCAUACUUGGCUUGCAGUUGCUAAUUUGCUCAUUCCACAUGAGGCUGGGUUGCUGCUUAACUAAACAAACAAGAAAAAUCCCAGGAAAUGGCCACUUGAGCUAAUGCAAGUUUCACAUUUGAGUGGAUAAUGCUUGUCACUGUCACAUCAUCCUUUAGCCUCAUUAUUUUGCACCUGGCCUUCAGUGUUCUCUUCCUUUACUCAUUUCCCCAUUGUUUGGAUGGCAAAACUCAAGGAUGAGCACAGGAUAAGGCAGAACACACACUCUUGAGUUAUUUCCAUGUGAACUGAAGUUCCCUUCUCCAGUCAUUUUCUUUGCUCUGCUCUCAGCUAGUCCCCUGCUGCUUACACAAGUAUGAUAUAUAUGUGCCCUCUAGAACACUGACAUCAUCAGUGGAAUAUGGAAAGCCUUGAUCCUGGUAAGCAUCCUUAGUCAGGAAAGCAUUUAAGCUCAUGGUUAAAAUUUAGCAGCACAUGCUUUUCUGAAUAGGACUGUAGUUAAGCACCUGCUUGAGAACUGUAUGAGGGCCAUGACUCUGUUAGGGUUUGUUCUGGUGCUAGCCUUCAAGGCCCAGUGCACAUUAUAGUUAACUUGGAGAAACAGUUUGCUUCUGAAUUUGUUCCUUCUUCUGUACUCCUCCUCCAGAAAAACAAAGACUGCACCAGCACUUUGUAUAAAACAAGAAGUUUGCACAGGUCUCAUGCAUUAAGAUGCCCCUAUAUUUAUGCCAAUUAGACAGUGUUACAAUAAGGGCCCCCGUCAUUUAAAACUGAGAGACUAUUUUUGUUUCUUUGGAAAACAGGGACUGUGCCUGCAAGAUGCUGACCACUCUGAAUUCCCUUUGGGAAUUGAGGAUUUAUGCUUCCUUCCAGGAAGCACUUAGCACCUGGCAGCAUGCACAGAGCCUGAUCAACCCAACUAUAUGCACUAAAAACUCCCAUUAAUUUUAAAAUGGAGAAGGAUUAUUAUUUUUCAUCCUUCACCAUUCCAGAGCAGUUGCUAUUAAUACAUUGUCUGUUCUUAAUGCUAGCUGGAGACUUUGGCCCCAGUCCAACAUUGUUGGAAAGCAAUUGGGGUUUCAUCAUUGAUUUCAGUGGGAGCAGGAUCAGAACCUGUACUUCAUGUUGAGGCCCAUGCUGUCUUAUUUGAAAUGGUCUGUUUUCAGUUUCUGUACACAUAGCAAUCUCAGUCAUUUAUAAUUAUAAAUACACCAUCAUUCCUCCACCUGCAAAGACCAAAAUAUGGGUCACAACAUGAGAGAGAGAAGAAAAUCAAUGAAUGCUGUUAGCUAAAAUAAUGAGGAAUUAAUUCAUUCAUAAAUAGGGCUAUUGUGGGAGCUUGUUUUGUCAAUGCUGGCAGGUAAGCCACAGACAAUAAUAUGGAUUCUGAUUAAAUUGAUUGAAUGGUCUGUGUUGUCAGCUUUUGAAAGCUUUUAAACUCUUGCAGUAUAGAAGACUCUAAGAAGGGUCAAGGUUCAACAGUGGCCCCUCCCACCUCCUUCAGCCAAUGGAAACAGACUGUGCAAUUCCUUCCGCCUGAUCCCAGUGAAUGAUCUUUUCUUGGUUCUCUAGCUGAUGAUGCCUCCCCCAUCCAAAAGGUCUCUGCCAACAUGCCAUAAAGGAAAAUCACUUCCCAUUCCCAAAUCCAGCAGUGAGUUUAAACCUCUGCCUCUGAAUUCAGAUCACUGUCAUUAAACUUCUGAUCUGUUUAUACCCCGAGAUAUAGCUAGUGUCCAUUUUUGUCUAAAAUCCUAGUAAAUGGACUCUGCCAUCACCUCUGGGAACACAGAAUUCCAAACACUAUGGGGUUUUAAAGAUCCUUGAGCAGUAUAGAUUUCUGAUUUGUUUUCCAAGUAUUGGUAUCAUAUCCUUGGGUUGGUACUUUGAUGGAUGCCGAUGUUUAGCAGAGCAAACUACUUGUCUUAUAAAUAGAAGCAGCAGCAAAAAACAACAGAGCUCAAAUUACUGUACUCUGGCAACUGCCUGUAUUUUCUUUGCUUUCCCAGCCUCAUGCUGUUAUAUGAUUCCUGUUGUAGCGGCUCAGCAGCAAUCAAACAGUUUUCUGAAAACAGCAUCAGUUGCCAAUCUAGCCUCUGAUUUCUACAGCCUCUUGUAAUGCCUUUAGAAAGGCUUUGAUCUUUAGUACCAGGCCUGAAAAACCCUAUUAUGAAUAUUUAAAGUACAUCUCCUGCUCAUCAGAUUAAGUUCCAUAUGUUCCAUUUUUGUUUAUUGCAUUUGGCACCUUAUAAAAAUAUACUGCAGUAUUCUACUGUACCGAGCCAGAAGACUACAGUUGAUCAUAUUACUGUGACUUCUUGGGCCAUUACUGUAAUAUUUGUCUUGUGCGUUAUUGUCAUAAGCAUAUAGCACAUUGGGACAAAUUCUUCUCUGGUGUUACUCUACUGAUCUGAAUGGAGUUACGCCAGGGAUCAAUUCUGCUGCUGCUGCUCUAGCAUGAUCAUUAUUUUUAGGCCAUCUUAUAAUGUUGUGCUGAAACUACUGCUACACGUAGAAUAUAUUAUGAAAGACAUAGCUUUGAGAGUGAUGAUGUUGAAGAUAAGACUUUUAUCUAGUUUUGUGUAGCAGAAGAGUGAUGUACAGAUUAUAGCUAUAGCCAUUACAAAAAGCAACUUCCCUGCACAACAAUGUUAUAGAGUAAGGGAAGGGAGGAUAAGGAGGAGAUGUGAAACAAAUUUGCUGAACUUUGCCCUGAGACAGGGUUCCAGAAGUGUUAAAUUCUUGCUCAAUAUUCACCAGAAGCAAUAUUUUGUAACAUACAUUUUUCACCUCUCCAGUAAUCUUGCAUUCCCCCUACACACACACCGGCAGGGACCAGUCCUGCAGUUCUCAGGCAGACUCUGUCAUCCUGGUAUUACUUAGGCAAAACUUCCACUAAAGUCAAUGGGAGCUGUGCCAGAGAGAGGACUGCAGAAUUGGGUCCACACUGAUAGUUAUCCUUUGCUUCCCCCCAUUUCUUCCUAGGCUCUUGUUUGAUAUUGAAUUGAAAUCUGUUGCUGUAAUGAGCCACAGUGCUGCUACUUUUCACUAAUGCCCAGGCACUGAGAACUUGUUUAUCUGUGGAAUGCAUGGGUUUAGUGACACAAGACUCUUUAGAACCAACCCCCAGUGUUUCCUCCUAACCAAGAGACAUCUCCAUCUGGUAAGUGGAAACCUGACACCUUUCUGCUACCCACAGUUACAAUUCCUAAUGGAUAUGACAUUUAAAGCCAUGGUCCUUUAUAAACCCUGAGCUCCAUAUGGUAACAUUGUUUAAGCAUACUGUUGAGGCACUGCCUAGGUUUUCUGCUAGUUAAAGAUGCCACUCACCAAUGUGCUAAUGAAGGGUUUGGAGAGGCAGGGACAGGGCCGGCUCCAGGCACCAGCUUAACAAGCAGGUGCUUGGGGCGGCCAAGGGAGAGGGGCGGCACCUGCGGCAAUUUGGGGGCGGCAGGUCCCUCACUCCCUCUAGGAGCAAAGGACCUGCCGCUGAACUGCCACCGCCGAUCGCGGCUUUUUUUUUUUCUUUGCUUGGGGCAGCAGAAAUGCUGGAGCCGGCCCUGGGCAGGGAGGCAUGAUAUUUCUUACAUCACCCAGCUUUUUGGUUUAUUUCCCCAAAUCACCUAUUUGUCUAUCUAGGUUCUUAUAUAGAUAUGUUACCCGCCGUUGUUGGCGUCUUUAAUGCUUCUAGUUUGAUUUUUGUAACUAAAGAUAGCACCGAGAGUCUUCAAUAUUUUCAAGAAAUACUCUGAGACAUACACCUUUACAUAGAGAGGAAACUUAUAAAAUGGUGUUUCAUAGAUAGCAUCACAUAGCCUAGAUGGUCUAAUUACUGCAUAGAACUUUGUACAUAAAUAGGAUACUUCAUGGGGAUUUUUGUAUCGUUCUUUUCUAUUUGUUUUCUACAGUUUUGGAAGAACAUUUGCAAAGCAUAUUUACAAACAGAUUUUGCAGUCAGUACUGUAGAUUCAAGUAUUCCCAUUUUUGGCUUCAUGUAGGCUUGUAAGUUCUCAUAUACUGCAGGUUGUCUUUCCUCCUUAAAGAAUAUUGCAACAAAAAUCUAUAGACUUCUUUUCAACCUAUCCUGCUUGCUUUCUUAAUGUAGCCAGUUUAUACUCUAGUGUGAACUGUAAUUUAUAGAAUGCAUGAGAAAAGAAUUACACAUGUAAUUACACUUGUUAAAUUUGGUAUGCUCAAAACUGAUUCAGCCAUUAAUACAGAUUUUAUGGGUGUGUACCUGUUCUCCAGAAACCAGAAAGAACUACAAUGUAGAUGGAAUUAAAUUACUUAGUAUCUGUAAUUUACAGACACACAAAUAUUUUCUUACAAUAUUUUAUAUAUGACCAUAUAAGAUAAGGGAAAAAAUUCUUACAGGUGAUCCAUACCUUAGAGCAAAACCAGUUUUCUAACAGCAUUUUAGGAUUAAUAUUUUUUUCUGUAUUUUGUUUAAUGAACUAAGAAAAGCAAUUUAGUGAUGAAUUAUACGCAAAGCACAAAAUGCAAUAGGAAUUAAGAAUUUCGAGGUGUCCUUAAAUGCUGCAGUUCACUAUGGAACACUGUAUUAUUACAUCCUAAACAAUCUUCUAGAUUGACAGUUUUAUGGAUUUCUCAUCCCUUAAUUGUGACAUUUGGCAUGGUUUUACCUGGGCCAAACCUUUAGUUGUUUCUCAGGGUCAGAUCCUGAAUAACUGAUUUACCCACAAUUCUUAGGCUGUGAGCUGGAGAUCUGCAUGUGCAAAGAGUACAGGAUCAGGCACUCAGUCCAUCUUACUCAGGCAAAACUUGUAUGAGUUUGGCCUAGGUAAAGGAUUCAGUAUUUGGCCUCUUAGCUUUGCCUUCAUGUAAAUGGACCAAUGACACAACAAUGGGACCACUUUAAUAGGGUAGCGCUAUAGAAAUACCUCCUGCCUUUUUAAACAUUUAUAAGAAAAACAAACAGUAUAUUUUUGACCAGGACAAGUGGGAUUUAUUUUUCUUUCAUAACAAUCAAUUCUUGUUAGGCAAAUACCUGUUGGACUUAAGGUCAUGACAUUAAUGAAGCAUAUUUAAUUAGUAAAUUAAAAUGACUACAGUCAAUUACUUAGUUAAAAUCAACAACAAAAAUCACAUCAUGGAAAAUUCCUUAUGUGGCGAAUCAACCACAUGGCAUACAAUUCAAGACAAAAAACCAUGGAAUUGAAAAUGUCACCUGUCCACAAAGCAGAUACAUUUUCAGAAAUUUGUUGUAGGGCCCUGGUAGUCUCCUGAGGUUUAUGUGGGUAAACUAUAUAUAUUUGUGUAUUGAUGUGCCCUUAUUUUUUAAUCUCCUUAUAUUUUUAAAUCAGUCAUAUCAGGUAUUCUCUUAAUUGGAGUUGAAGGUAGUGUAGUGUGUAGCUGAAGUACUAACAGCUGUCAAAGCAUGGAAUCCUUAUAAACACCAAUUUUUAUACGUUGCUUAAGCAUGAUGAUCAGUGCCUCUCCUCACUUUGUGUAGAUAACAUAGCUAUCUAUGUGUAAUUUCAGUGAAUGUGCAUUGAGAUAUAGUAGAAAAUGUGAUCUCUGUUUUGAAAAACUCUUUUCUGGUUGUUUUUGGUUUGGUUGUCUGGGUUGUGUUUAUUUUAGACAUUUAACUGAAUAAUUUCCAUGGCUUGAUAACUGGUUUUGUGUGUUCGUAUAUAAACAACACUUCAAUGCAUAUCUUGUUUUGAUAACGGUCAAAUCCUAUAUGUAGCCCACUCAUUGUAAAUAUGUUAUUGUUAGUUUUCAACUAUCUAACCAGCAUUGCUAUGAAAUUCCCUGGCACUCAGUGAAAGUGACUGCAGUAUGGAUUUGCUGCACUGUGAAUGCAAUAGUUAAUACAUUAUGAAUUAAUGUGCAUGUAGCAUGAUGAAUUUGGUUUAGGAGUAGAUUCUCCUUGUUCACUUGGCAUGUUGGAACUGUAGCAACAUAAGAUUAGUAAGUCACUGUGUAAAUUAGCACAAUGGUCAGAAGGAAAAAUUAACUUUACUGUACUCUCUCUCUGGGCACCAUGUCUAUCUUCGGCAAUAUGUGUAGCUUACAACAAGGAAUCCAUAUUCACACAGCAGAGUUUCAGGAUUCCUCUGACUCACUUUCAGUUACUCAUUGACUGCAGACUCCAGCGAAGAAACUACAGUCAGAAGACAAUGACUAAGCCUGACAUUUAGUCUUAAACAGAAGCACAUGCUUGACUGCUUACUUUAUUAUGUGCCCUGGAAUGCAAAGUAUUAACCUUCAUUUCAUUUCCUCUGUAGAAACAAUCUGUGAGUAAGAUUUAUAGAACCAUAAGUACAUGGAUGGACUAAUGCUGUUUCCAUUAUCAAAUAAGGAUAUUAAUAGAUAUUGAGAAUUAAGCACAAAAUCAAGUGGAUGUCAGUUGUGCAAAAAAAGGACAAAUAUGUUCUUUGGUUGGUGUUCAUUUAUGCUUAUUUGAUUUGCAAAAUUAUGUGUCCCAUGCAAUGCACAUAUGGCAAAUAUAUAUAACGGCAGGGAUAUUGUAAAACCUGUGCUAUGAGUCAUGUCCAUGAGCUUAUAAGAAAAAAUCCUCAUUUCUGGACUGAAAACUGAAAGUGUUAUGAAGUGCAACUGAUGCUCAGUAGAUCUGAGACACCUCGGGAGAGAUGCAUCAACUCAAUUCGUUCCUAGAGACAAGGGGUCCUGAUUCUCCUCACAGAUGAAAGUAACUCCAUUAGCGUCAGUGGAGUUAAACCGGGGUAAAACUGGAAUGAGUUCAGAAUCAGGCCCAACCAGUGGGGGAUGUGUGGUUUCUAAUGAGACGUAUUAUGUUUCCAUUCAAACUGCAUGUUCCACAGUACUCCAUGUCUUUCCUGCUUACUUCUAGGCCUUACAUGCUUCCUCUCAGGAGAGACCCACUCACUAGCUAGGAUCCUUCAUGUAAAAAGAAACAAAACAGAAAGAUAAGCUUGAUAUUUUCCUUCUAUUGUAAAUGUUUAUCUGGGACUUGAAGUGACGUAUUGUACAGUAUCUGUAGCACAUUUUGUUUGAAAACUAAUGAAUGCAGACGAUAAAAUUUCUACUAAUUCUGGGCUCCUUUCUUUUGUAGUGUAGUAGGAAUGCCUUGUUGACUAAGUAGAUUUUAUAUAAGUAAUUCAGAACUUCUCUUCCUUACAGUAACACUUUAGCCAUUUGCUUUAAAUGCGUUCUUACUGUGUGAACUGAUUUCUGUAACUUUCAUGUAUAAAACAAACUGGACAUUCUUUAUAUACUGGAAAUAAUCAGUGAAUACAAUAUUUCACUAAGUGUUGUACCUUUUCUGUAUAUAUCAUCAAUAAAUGUUGAUUCAUAAUUCUCA